AUGGGCCUUGACGUCGCGGAAAUCUCUGAAUUGGCGGCGCUCCGGCCGAUCCAGACGGCCGUGAGCCGCGCCCGGGCCACGGCGGUGCCGGGGGAGGAUGAUGACGCUGCCGACACCGGCUGUGUCACACCGAAGGCGAGCGGCGCGCGGUCAGCCGCUGCAGGAGGAGCGGACGACGACGACGCCGCCGCGGCCGCCGACACCGGCUGCGUCACGCCGAGGGCGAGCGGCUGCAUCGCCAUGCUGCCCAUCGCGCCACUCCUGCAAGAUGACGGCGUCGACGCUGGCUUCGCCACGCCGCUGGCCACGGGUGGAGUAAUUGGGCCGCGAGACGGCUGCGCCGCUGCCGGCGACGAGAACAGCUUCACCACGCCGACCACGGCCGACAGCGCGCUGUUGCCGUCCACGGUGUGCCCGCCGGCGCCGCGGAAGUCGGCGCCGGCCCCGACGAGGAAGCGGGCGCCGCUGCAGCAGCGGCUCUUCUACCCGGUGCCGAGAGACCUGAGCACCGUCUUCGUCGCCGUGCCGCAGUGCCCGCCGCCCGCCAAGAAGAAGCGGGCGCACGUGGUGGAGUCAUCUGCGCUUCUAGGCACGUGA